AUCGACGAACCAACUGCCGCAGCUGCCGUCGUCCACAAAGCAACUGCCCCAGCCGCCGUCUGCCGUCGAAGACGCAAGUGCCCCAGAUUGCCCACAGGCGGUCCAACAACCAAGUGCCUCAACCGCAUUGGUCACCUGCAAAUUUUCCUGCACAUGAAGAAAAUACAGCCACAUGCGUCCCCGUCUGCAUCAGGGAACCGUUCCCCAUUUAAAGAUCUAACGAACACGCCUAUAGAGAGCAAUGCCAAUACCACCAGUCUUCAGUCAGACAAGAAACUGAGCUGGUAUGCCCGAUUGUCUGAUGAGAAGAAAGCGGAGUACCUCCAGAAACGGCGUGUAGCCCGUCAGCAAACUAAGGCAGCAAAACUCAGUAGUUUUAACUCCGAGCAUGUAUCUCAAAGUCAUGAUUCGUCGUUACCAUCUGUUCAAUGUACUCCUCUGAGCACUGUAAUGAACACAGAUGGGACUGAUACGCCUGCAAGCUCACUGGGGACUGAUCAUCCAGCGGAACAAAUUAUUGUCGGACGGAAGAAACGAACUGGACAGGGAUGGUAUGCUAGCCUAUCUGAAGAUAAGAAAGAAGAGUACCGCAAGAAACAACGGCAGGACCGACUCCACAAGAAAUCUGAAGCUCACAUUGUUAAUAUGGAUUUACCCCAAUCCUCUACUAUUGAUCAUGUUUCACCUGUUGCAUCCUAUUCCCCUACAAUCUCCAUGAGUGAUGAACAUAAAUCACAAAAUGGGAAUGCGGAACAGAAGAAAGCAGUUGGUGAAGGAUGGUAUGCCAGACUAUCCGAACAUAAGAAAGAAGAAUAUCUGCAUAAGCUUCGGAUGAGCCGUCUACAAAAGAAAACUUCAACUCUUGGUGUGAAUAAAGAUCAACCGCAACCAUCCAACUCGCAAACUUUACUUCGUUUUAUGCAUGUUGGAACAACACAAUCCAUUGGAACAGCACAACCCGACCUCAGCCAGGUGGUGGACACGCCAUGCACUGUACCUACUAGAUAUGAUCAAAAUGCUAUUGACUGGCUGCACAACAAUCCAACUUACCAACGUCGGGCACUGGUUGGCAAAGAUAUAUGUAACAAAGAACUAACUCCAACGGAUAUGCUGGAGCAAGAAAGCCUCAAGCCAACAAGUUAUGUCUCAGGUCGCUCCCUUCAAAUGAUAGAUGCUUCUUCUUGCAAGAAACGACAGCGUAUGAGGGGACAAUAUGCAAUGAUGACACCGGAACAGAAAGAUGGUGUGUUGCAUAGGAAUCGUGCUUAUAAGAUGGUUAAACAACAUACCCUCUCAUUGCAUCAGCAAUCUGGCAUUGCUUAUGUACCUGCUGGAUCCGCAUACACUUCACCAUCUAACCCUGCCAUCCAUGUACAACCAUCUAGAGCACAUAACCCUACAGAUCACAGAAACAGUGAUGGUGAAUCUGAUCCUGCAUACAUUUCUGAACCAUUUGAACAAUGUGGCAGGUUCGAAGAUAAUGUGGACACCAUGCAAGAGGAGGAAGAAACAAUGCACGAUGACGACGAGGAGUCAAGGAUUUUUAGUGGUCUAGGCGAUGUGUUCGAUUCUUACAGAGUGACAACUGAUGUUCCUUCAAAGUAAACAGAAUGAUGAUCCUUAUGACUUCGUGUACCACAAUCUACCACAGAAGCAUCAUGUUUUGAAGCCAGUUAAUGACUGCGUCCAUUGUGGAGCAAUGAGGCUCCAAUAUGAGGGCCACGCGUUCUGUUGCAGAAAAGGAAAAG